AUGAUCAACAGCGGAUAUCAAGGUCGGACGGUGCCUACGGAGUUCGGACACUCGAAGCCGGCCCCGAAAAUGCCAUACGUGCGAUUGGGCAAGAGUGGACUGAAGGUAUCGCGGCUCAUCCUCGGCAUGGCAACCUAUGGUACCAAGAAAGAUGUUGCAUGGCGCAUCGAGGAGGAGGAGGCACUCCAGCAUCUGAAGAGAGCUUGGGAUCUGGGUUUCAAUACCUUCGAUACGUCCAAUUUCUACUGCAACGGUAUUAGCGAGGAGAUUCUGGGGAAGUUCCUCAAAACCGUUCCGCGCGAGUCCGUUGUUGUGAUGACCAAGUCUUUCCACCCGGUUGGAGACUCCGCGAAGCAGGGCCCAGCAGGUCUGACCAUGACGUCUGGAAAUAACCGAAAGCACAUCUUUGACAAUGUCAAGCUGGCACUCAAGAGGCUUGACACGGAUUACAUUGAUGUGCUGCAGCUUCACCGAUUUGACUACGAAACCCCGAUUGAAGAGACCAUGACGGCCUUGCAUGAUGUGGUUAAAGCAGGCUAUGUACGCUACAUUGGUAUCAGUAGCUGUUGGGCUUGGCAAUUCCAUGCAAUGCAGAACUACGCUUUGAAUAAUCACCUCACACCGUUUGUCAAUUGUCAAAAUCUCUACAAUCUUCUCUAUCGCGAGGAGGAAAGGGAGAUGAUGCCAUUGCUGAAGUAUCUGGGCGUUGGCUCAACCCCAUGGAGUCCACUCGCAAGAGGCCACUUGGCGCGACCUCUCUCGCGCGCCUAUGAGACUGUCCGCUCGACUUCGGACGCUUAUCACGAUGAAGGCUUGCUUGGCGCAGAGUGGGAGAAAGAAGUCAUCCGAAGGGUUGAGCAGCUGGCCGAGAAGAGGGGAUAUAGCAUGGCUCAGAUCGGUCUUGCCUGGGUACUCCAUAAAGACGCUGUGGCUGCUCCCAUUGUGGGCGUUUCGAAGAUUGAGAGAUUUGAAGAGACACUGGCUGCACUUGAGAUCGAGCUCAGUGAGGAGGAGAUCAGUUUUCUUGAAGAGCCUUAUCAACCGUGA